AUGAUCGAAAACUUAUGGCGAUUUUUUGAACCAAAAUAUUUAGGCACCAUCAGAAAUAUUUCGCCUGCCCUGUGGAACCUUCAGCACCUGACCUCGCUGUUCAUUGAUAACAACUUCCUGGAAAAACUGCCGCCAGAGAUAUCAAGGCUUGUUAAUCUACAAGUGUUGGACGUGUCCGACAACCAACUACACAGUUUGCCGGUGGAGAUGGGUGACCUGCGCGCAUUGCAACAUUUAUACCUCAACAACAACUACAUAAGGAUACUACCUUUCGAGCUGGGCAAGCUUAGCAACCUCCAAACGCUAGAGCUCGAAGGCAAUCCGCUGAAUAAAGAAAUCGCGCAGAUUUACCGCAAACCGGAUGCUACCCCAAUGAUACUGCAGUAUCUGCUUCGUCGUCUUGCUGUUUGCUCGGCUAAAGCGUUGUUCGAAAAUGGCGAUGGUAAGGAAUCAUAG